CUCGUUGCUUCCUUCCCCUCCUCCCCCCAUUUUAUUUUCUUCUGAGUGGGAUUUGAUCCCAGUAGAGCUGAAGAAGUCCCAGGUUCAAGCUGAUCAUUUAGGAGCAAGAUUUGACUGGGUUAAGCAUUAACUACCGAUUACGUAUACUGUUCCAUUGUGUUAAGUGUUGAUCGAGCCAAUGAAGUCUUGCAACUUCUACGUGUGGCGGAGCACAGUCUUGGAUAUCAUCAGAAAAGAAUGGGCUCAACAUGCCAUUUAUUAGACAAGCAUGAUCCUUAUCGCCUGUUGGCAGAAGACGUUAUAUUUCUGCUGCUCAUAGUUUAUUUGAGAACCAUUUCAGACUAACAAGAAGCUGGCAGCCAGAGUGUUAGUGCCUGCUAACCUGCUAUGAAACGAAGCUGCACGAGCAACUAAAGACAGUCAACAGCUUGGACAGCAACUCUCAAUUAACUCUUCCAGACCAGACUGAGCAAUGCUGCUGCAUUCAACACUGAGCACAUCGGUUCCAGAAACAAGCACUGCUGGUGACAGCUCCACUGCUGCAAACCCAUACCUGGCUGUGAUCAGGCAAAGGAAACAGAAAUAGAAAGGAAACGGGUGUAAAAAGAAAUCCAGAAUUCCUGAGAGCAGCAGAGGUGAUCAGCUCCUGAGAAACUGCUGAAAAUGUUGCUAUUUCUGGACCUGGAUGUCCUGGUGCAGCCCUGCUCAUCCUCACCGUGGCCUUUUUGGGCUGGGCUGGACUCAGUGUCUAGGAGCUGUCACCCUGCUAUGCUGUGAUGAAAAUAAUUGGAUAUAGUUCCCACUUCUGUUAUUCCCAUAUGAUAUUGCUGCUGGUGAAGAAUACUCAAAACUGAUGGCUCCAAAGGCAAGUUUGAAACUUCAAAAGCCAAGUGUUCUCACAUGCUGAGCUGCUUGCGUCUCCAAGGAAAUCUGCAGAGAGCUGCACCAUAUAUCAAAGAGGAGCCAGACAAAAGAUCAUUCCCCCAAAUGAAUGAUAUGCAGAAAGAAGCAAGAUGGUGUCCUGACCUGGUGAGAACUGAGGGGUGGGGAAAUUGCCGAGAAUCCUGUCUGCUUCAUACUGCUGCUUCGCAGGCAAACAAUGCUCACGGACGUUCAACAGACAUUCAACAUUUUUGUGGGUUGCAAGAUUACGAGAUGAGCCCUGGAUGCCAUGUGUUGACAGCAUAUUGAUAUCACAUUUAGUUCUAGGCCAAAAUAGCAAAGGUCCUGAACAGGAAAGAUACAAAGGCAGCCCAACAGCCUACAACAUCUCUGUCUGAUGCCACCACUUCAGAGAACAGCCCCAGAAAUGGGAACUUGGGAACAAAAUCACUCCUGACACUUCUGCAGUGGAGAAGUGGAGUUUCAAUACGGUUUUGCAGCUGGAGAUAUCUGAAACCUUCCUCUGGGCUUGUCCUCAUGGUAAAAAUCCAGCAGGUUUCUGCCCUGUUUCCUCUCUACUAUGUUGUGCUGGGAAGCCAGUGGUGUGAUAAAGAGUUUUACUAUGCAUUGAUCAAGUAAAGGCAUUGGAAUCUUCCAAGAAUAUCACUACACUGAAACCUCUGCAGUAACUGUACCUUAUAUAGUUUCAAGUCAGCUCAUGUAUCAACAAAAGCUCACAACAGCAAUAACCACCAUGAUAUGUGGUGUUUCCUGGGAAUUUAUUACCAUUUGGGGUCCCUUCAGUAAGAUGCAAAACAACUUCAUUUCACUGUGACCAUCAGACCUUUACAGCAGCUUGCUUGCCUGAGCAAUCAUGUGGUCUUACUCAUCCUACAUGCUUACAGCAGUAGCUGCUUUGCUAGUGACUUGCCAUGCACUGCCUAAAUAUCCAGGAAUCCCUGGGCUGCUUGGUAUCCCUGGGCUGCUUGGUAUCCCUGGGCUACCUGGCAGAGAUGAUCUGAAAGAACAGACGCAUCUAUCAGGUCUCAGAGGAGCCUCUGGAAGUCUGGUGGGGCCUCCUGGAAAACAGCUUACUUGUCCGCAGGGUCUACCCAAUUCUCUGAACACUGAACUCCACAAAGAUUUAGUAAAUUUGAAACAUCGACUUUCCAGGCUUAAAGGAGUGCUUGUUUUGAAGGAGAAAAUAAGAGAAGUAGGAGAGAAAAUACUUGCCAGCAAUGGGAAAAAAGUGGAUUUUGCAUCUGCAUUAGCAUCCUGUGAAGACGCUAGAGGAACUCUUGCAACUCCCAUGAAUGAGGAGGAGAAUAAAGCUAUUUUGGGUAUUGUGAAAAAGUAUAACCAAUAUGCUUACUUGGGCAUUAAAGAGGGUGAGGAUUCAGGUCAAUUUAAGUACCUAAAUGGCAUGCCUGUGAAUUAUACCGAGUGGCACCAAAAUGAGCCUAAUGGCAAAAGAACAGAAAAAUGUGUAGAAAUGUACACAGAUGGGAGCUGGAAUGAUAAAAAAUGCAACCUGCAUCGCCUCACAGUCUGUGAAUUUUAAAGAAUGACCUUUCAGUCACCUCAGAGAAUCAAGACAAUGAAAUAUGCUGUGUUUCAGACUUACGCAACUUCUGAAAUUAUUCUAUGUCAGAAAAUCUAAAAUUAAUCAUAUUAUGGUAAUUUUUAUCCUUAAGAAUAUGCCAAAUGUGGUAGGUGAUUAACAUAAUUAAAAUGUGUAUAAUCUGAUGUGUUUAUCUCUUUUAUAGGAUUGGGAAUAGCUCAGAAUUAAUUUUUCAUGACAAAAUGAAUCUGUGCACUGUGCCUUUGUGAAGAUAAAAUUAAAAUUUCCAAGGUUUGCCUUGGGAUAUAGGAAAAGUCUGAAACUAAAAUUGCCCAUGACUUCACAGUGGAAGCAUUUCCAAGUAUUUAAUAGUUUCUGCAUGAAGAGAUGCACAGAGGCUUACUUCACUAGAGCAAUUAUAGUCUUAGGUUUUGUAUGUCUCCUUGAGUUAUAGGGCUUUUAACUGUGUCAUACUGAAGCACGCAGAUUCAUUUAGCAUCCAUAUUUAACUUUCAUUUUAUAAAAAUGGUAACAGUACCAGAUAGAACUAAUUUUCUUAGUUUCUGAAGCUAUUCUAUACAAAACACUAAGAUAAACAUUGCAUUAGGUAAGUGUAGACAUAGAAAUAUAUGUACAAAAUACUAAAGACAGUAUUUUCUUGCUAAAACGUCACAUUCCCUCAUAAAACUAUGACUGUUGCAGUG